GACUCCUGUUAGUCACAUGACAGCGCUGGGAAAACCUCCCGACUCCCCCCCCCAGCUCUCGCUCUGUCAGUCGGCUGUCCGUCAGUGUGUGUGUGUGUGUGUGUCAGUCAGUUACCCCCCGUCGUCACAAUCAACCAUGGCGGACACGGCACGCGACCCUCCGCCGGAGCUCUCCGACUUCCAGGAGCUGCAGGACGGGGAGGACCUGUUCCCGGAGCCGAGCGCCCCCCUGGAGUCAGGACCAGCCAGUCUACCUGCUGAAGACAUCAGCACCAACUCAAAUGGACCCAAACAGGAUUCAUUGUUUGAUGACGACCCAGAAGAUCUGUUUGCAGAGGCCACAGAGGAGGUCUCGUUGGACAGUCCAGAGAGAGACGUCCUGCUGUCCGACGGCCCGUCGCCCGCCAUCACCCCCAUCACACCGCCCUGCUCCCUCAUCACGCCUCACAUCGACAUGUUCACACACUGCUCCUUCGACGAGAUUGAAGAAGAGGAGGGCGGUGACUCCUUCGACAUGCACAUAUCAGUGUCUGACCCCGAGAAAGUGGGUGACGGGAUGAAUGCCUACAUGGCCUACAAAGUGUCCACCAAGACCUCCAUGUCUCUGUUCAGGAGUCAGGACUUUUCAGUGAAACGGCGUUUCAGUGACUUUCUGGGUCUGCACAGCAAACUGGCCUCCAAGUAUCUCCACAUCGGCUACAUCGUCCCCCCGGCGCCGGAGAAAAGCAUUGUGGGGAUGACCAAGGUGAAGGUGGGGAAGGAGGACCAGUCCUCCAACGAGUUCGUGGAGAAGAGGAGGUCGGCUCUGGAGAGGUACCUGAUGAGGACCGUGAAGCACCCCACGUUGCUGAAGGACCCCGACGUGCUGCAGUUCCUGGAGAGCUCCGAGCUGCCGCGGGCCGUCAGCACUCAGGCUCUGAGCAGCGCUGGAAUCCUCCGGAUGGUCAACAAGGCGGCGGAGGCCGUCAACAAGAUGACCAUCAAGAUGAACGAGUCAGACGCUUGGUUCGAGGAGAAGCAGCAGCACUUUGACAACCUGGACCUUCAGCUGAGGAAGCUUCACGCCAGCGUUGAGUCCCUGGUCUGUCACCGGAGAGAGCUGUCGGUGAACACGGCGCUGUUCGCCAAGUCGGCGGCCAUGUUGGGGAACAGCGAGGACCACACGGCUCUGUCCCGGGCCCUGUCCCAGCUGGCCGAGGUGGAGGAGAAGAUCGACCAGCUGCACCAGGACCAGGCCAACGCGGACUUCUACUGCUUCUCAGAGCUGCUGGGGGACUACGUCCGCCUCAUCACCGCCGUCAAGGGGGUGUUUGACCACAGGAUGAAGACCUGGCAGAAGUGGCAGGACGGUCAGAUUCUGCUGCAGAAGAAACGAGAAGCUGAAGCUAAACUUCAGUUCAACAACAAGCCGGAGAAACUGCAGCAGGCGAAGGACGAGAUGAGAGAGCUGGAGGGGAAAGUCCAACAGGGAGAGAGGGACUUUGAACUCAUCUCCAAAACCAUCCGCAAGGAAGUCAGCCGGUUUGAGAAAGAACGAGUGAAGGACUUCAAAACGAUUAUCAUCAAAUACCUGGAGUCUCUGGUUCAGACGCAGCAGAAGCUGAUCAAAUACUGGGACGCCUUCUUACCCGAGGCCAAGGCCAUCUCGUAGAGACGACCCCGACCGCAUUACCCACAAUGCACCGCUCCCCCUCCUGUUUACGACGAGAAGUGAAGACGGCGACUUUUUCUGCAGUUAAAACAAAAUCUUCAAGAGAAACGCUUGAAUUUACCGUUUGUCCCCUUUUUUAUUUUAUUCUUUCCCAGCCGAACUCGGUGUUGCGUUCAGGGUCCCGUCAGACUAAUCGACGCUUUCGUGAUAAUACUGUGACAUCGACAACAGUUUUUUGCUUUCCCUCUCGUUUUGAAAACUCAGUUCCUUCUUGUUUUAGACAAAAAUGAGAACCCUGCAAAAGCUAUUUUCAAGCCAGAAGCUCAUAAUCCCCGUGUGACUUGAACGCAGCACGAGUUUGGUAGACCCCGGUGACGGUUCUUUACAACUUGAAGCUCUUUGGGGGAACAAACGUGUUUCUGAGGAGCGACCAGGAGAGGAGGAGGAGGAGGAGGAGGAGGGGGAGGGGAGUGGAGGAGCGUUGCACUUAAAAAAUCACUUUAAUUUAAACGCCAUCAUUUUGGUCUUUGAAAGUUUGGAAGCUCAUUUCUGACAUAAAAAAGAGGAAAAGUUAGGAUUGAUUAAAAAAAAUAAUAUAUAUAUAUAUAUAUAUAUAUCAGAAAAAAGUAUGUAAUAUUUCUCUGAAUUAAUCUAGAAUCCAAAUUUAAUGAGGUUUAAAUUUUGAGAAACAGAAAAUUCAUAUCAAUGAAAAACUAAAGGCGGUUAUCUUGUGUGAAGCUACAGGAUUUAUUAUUUUUAUCACUAAAAUGAUUGAUAAUCCCGAACAGUCUGAGAUUAACACGCAAACCCACUUUCAGUAUUCGCAGAUAUUGAACAACAUUUAACGGAAUAUCUGUGAUAUUUAUCAGAAACGGGUCAAGAAUUUAGAAUAUUUUCGUACCAGAAAUGUCAAUUAAGAUCCCAAUUUAGGAUAUUUUAGGAUAUGUUUGAACACAACGAAUGACAAUAAAGUAAAAACAGCUGUUUUACAUUUAUAAUUAUGAUAAAUAUGUCUUUCAAUUUGUAUUAAUAAACGCGUACAAUGUU